AUGGCUUCGGCACUGCAAGCUGUCUUCGCCCGAUUGGGCAACCACCCCUCAUUGUCCCCUGUCGUUGUAGCACCUGAUACUCCGGCAACAGCAGCAGCAGAACCAUGUCAGAUCAGCGUAUCAGGGGAAGAUCAUGCUGUUCUGAAGCCUGAACCUGCGUUAGGGGAAACACUCGCCGCACCAGUUAAUCAAGAACCCCUCAUAACAGCAGCUAACGACAAUCUACCACCAGUCAGCUGCAGCAGCGAAUCUGGUCCCCCACAAGUUGUACAUCAGAAAGACAGCGAAGACGAAGAAAUGCCACAGGAUUCAGUGCAGGAAGAUUUAGUAGAUAUGCAAGAAACGCCAGGGUUUAACAAUAAUGAUAACAGUACUCGUAAUAGUAUAUCUCAAGAACGCAACACCCCAGAUUCACCGAUGCAAAUUUCCGUGGACCCAAGUGAUGCUACUGCUCCCCAAUGUGCGCAGCAAGACAUCGACCUUGAACCAACAACACAAUCACCAGUAGAGAUGAUUGAAUGUUUCACGGAGGAACAGGUGAUUGCUUCGGUGGUAGAAAAAGUAAUAGAUGGUACUGUUGCGAGUGAGCAAGACGAAUGUAAUGUCGAACAGGGCAGAUGUGACGAAGAACUGACACGUGUUGAAAUUGGCGAUGAUGAAGAGAUGGAAAGAAAGCCGGAUAUAUCAGAGGAGCUGUUACGUGAUCCGAGACUUCUUUUGCAGAAAGCAAGCGAUGUACUAAAAAGUUUACAGACUCAGGAACUAGCUGCAGCUGCUGAGCGAACGAUGGCUGAAAAGCAGAACCAGCAGCAAUAUGAGCAAUUACCUCUGGACAAAGAAUACGAAGAGAACGAAGAACACAAGCCACUGCCUGAUUUUCACGGAGAACCGGUUCCGGAUUCGGAUGACGAGAUAAUCAUAGAGGGUGUUUCUCGAAAAAAGUCUACGAAAAAGAAUUCCAUACAAGAGGAGGAGCCAGUACCUGGUGAUGAACAAAUUGAAAUUGAUUUCUAUAAUGCGGAUUUGAAUAUCAAAGCAAGUGAAACGUGUCAGGAGGUGAUCGAUCCGGACAACGGUGACGGCUUUGCGUUGAUGUGGGGUGGUGCCAGGUCCACAUACGGCAUCCGAAUUUCCAACGACGAAGUAUUCGCGCACUUCCCGCCUGUCAUUUUCCAGAUUAAGGCUUGUUCUUUCUUUUUUUGUAAUAAUUUAUUGUUGCAGUUGGGCGAAGCACCUCAGUCGUACGCAUACGGAUCGUUUGCGAAGAAAGCGACCAACAAUUUUUUCACGGAUUACGGAGAACCGUUCAACGUGGGCGACGUUAUAACUUCUUGCUUGGAUUUGGUAUCGAGCAGGAUAUUUUUCUGGAAAAAUAUGCAGUUUUUGGGAACAGCAUUUUCGGAUGUUCAUUUCGACGAAGGCGAUUUAGUUUUUCCGCAUGUUUGCACUAAGAACUGCAAACUCUCCGUGAACUAUGGUGAUAGCGCAUCGGAUGACUGGAUUUCACCCUCCGAUUUGCAGAAAGAUAGCACUGUGGAUACCGAUUUUUCGCCUAUUUAUUUUAGUAAAUUGGAUCGCAAACUACUGGCUCGAGGUCUGGUACCUCCGUCUAGCAAAAGUGAAUGUACGGUAAGUUAG